UGCCAAACUUUCACCCCAAAAAAAAAAAACCACUAUUCCCAAACGUCAUCUUGCAUCCUCCGUCUGCUCUGCUGAAGCUCUGUGCCACUGCCGGCCCUAAUUUCUUCAUUCGCGCGCGGUUUCGCGGUGCGGUGCGUCGCGUCAUAGCACAGAACGAUGCUCGUCAGCUCACUCCGGGUCCGGAAAUGCUUAGCAGCUUGCUUGAGCUCUCAAUUAACAACGAAUCUCAAGCACUCUCCCCUCCCAAUUCCGCCAUUGCUGCCACGGAUUUCCCUUCUCAGGUUCCUGUCUGUCCAGCCAAAUGAAGACUCCCCUGCAUUCUCACUUCUCGUCGAAUCCCUCGGGCUUCCGCCGGAAAUUGCCCGAUCAGUUUGCCGCAAGCUCCAGGGCAAGAUAUCUAAGAAUGCGGGUCCCGUGAUUAUCAUGUUAAAGAACCACGGUUUCUCGGCGGAUCAAAUCUGCGCAGUGGUUAAUAGAUGUCCGCAGGCACUAGGGCUGAAUCCUGAGAAGACCCUUCUGCCCAAGCUCGAGUUCUUUGGCUCCAAAGGAUUGCUGGGACCCGAUCUCGCGGUGUUCAUAUCUUCGUGUCCAUAUAUCUUGUGGAGGAGCUUAGAUAGGCUCAUAAUCCCUCAUUUUAACUUCUUUAGGAGCAUACUUAAGUCCAACGAGAAGACCUUGCGAGCUGUUAGACGCAUCGCUUGGGCUGGAUCUACCGUCGCACCGAACAUAAGGUAUCUUCUCGAUAAUGGAGUGUCCGAAUCCAAUGUUGCUGGCCUAUUACUUUACGUGCCCACGGUGCUCUAUUCUAGUCAUUCUAGGUUGAGGGAGGCGAUGCAGGUCUCGAAGGAAAUGGGGCUUGAUCCCAGAAAGUCGAUGUUUCAAAAUGCUUUACUGGUGGUGCUUGGGAUGUCUAAGUCCAGUUGGGAGAGUAAGGCGAGAGUUUAUCGGAAUUGGGGUUGGAGCGAGGAAGAGUUACUUUCUGCUUUUCGGAAAUACCCGCUGUGUAUGGCCGUGUCUGAGGAUAAAAUCAAUCGGGUCAUGAGCUUCUUUGUGGACCGGAUGGGAUGGAAGCCUUCCCUGAUUGCUCAGCAUCCUAUCCUUUUCUCGCAGAGCUUGGAGAAGAAAACCAUCCCAAGGGGUUCAGUUUUGCAGUUCCUGCUAUCUGAAGUUGCAGGGUAUUCUGUUUGUGUAAUCUUUCAUGUGGUAAGGCUAGAUUUUCCGCAGGCACUUGGCACGCAUUUGGAUAAUCCGACUGAGAUAUGUGAAAAUGGGAGAUGCAAUCAGAGAGCCUUGUAUAGCUCGGUCGAGCUGCAGAAUAAGCUGGGAGAGAAAGCUCGAGGUGUAGAGUGCUUGUUCCUGUCUUUCCACUCAAAUGAAGAAGACUCCCCUGCUGCAUUCUCACUUCUCGUGGAUUCCCUCGGGUUGCCACCGGAAGCUGCCCUAUCAAUUUGCCAGAAGCUCCAGAGGAAGGACUCUAACAAUGUUGAGCUGAAUCCUGAGAAGACCCUUCUGUGCAAGCUCGAGUUCUUUGGCUUGAAAGGUUUGCUGGGACCCAAUCUCGCGGAGUUUGUACCUUUGCAUCCGCAUCUCUUAUCAAGGAGCUUAGAGAGGUGCAUAAUAGCUAAUUUCAACUUCUUGAGGAGCAUUCUUAAGUCUGAUAAGAAGACCCUGCAAGCUAUUGGACGCUCCUGCUAUAGGGCUGGACCUCAUGACUCUACAAUCGCUCCUAACAUAAGGAAUCUUCUAGAUUACGGAGUGUCCAGAUGGAAUGUUGCUGCCCUAUUACAUUAUGUGCUCAAUGCUCUAUAUUCUAGCGGCGCUAGGUUGAGGGAGGCGAUGCGGUUGGGAGAGCAAGGUGAGACUAUCGCAAUUGGGGUUGGAGUAAGGAAGAGCUUGGUUCUGCUUUUCGGAGAUGGCGCGCUCUGUAUGGCAACAUCUGAAGAUAAAAUCAACCGGACAAUGAGCUUCUUCGUGGACAGGAUGGAACGGAAACUUUCAUUGAUUGCUCAGAAUCCCCUCCUUUUGACGCAAAGCUUGGAGAAGAAAACCAUCCCGAAGGCUUCGGUUCUCCGGUUCCUGCUCUCUGAAGAUUUGUUCGAGAAGAAUGAUAGCUUGGGAAACUUUUUUAAGAUGUCUGACAAGGCCUUCAUGAGAAGGAUUGCCAGGUACCGAGAGGUAGCUCCUCGUAUCAUGGCAAUUUAUAAAGAGGAAAUGAAUUACAAACCGAGAUGAGAAGGGUAUGUAGACCAGCUUCUUCAAUUUUGUGACUGGAGUUGGUUGCUCCAAAGGAAUUGUUGCAUAGAAACAAAUUGGAGGACUCCCUCGCUCAUAUCUCCCGACUUGCUAUGACGACAAUGACGCGUGGUUGUUGAACGGAAGAAACUAGUUAUCUUCUUCCGCAUUGACUAGGUAGGUGAUGCAUUAUUGAGAACAGUCUAGUCGUAGCUGAUUGCAGUUUCUGAAUUUCUGUUCGUGUGGUUCGUUGUCACAUAUUCACGUAGGUACUCUUUGUCAUCUGUGGUUUCUUCGUUUUAGACUAGCAGCUCUUUCCUUGUUCGUUUCCCCUUAUCUUUCGUGAUGACAGUGUUAGAUCCUGAACAAAUGACGUUAUGAAUGUGUGAGCUGA